ACGGCUGUAGCCGCUAGGCCUAGAUUUGAUUGGUGUUCCACCGAGAAGGAUUUUUCUUCUGAUAUUGGACUCGUUCCAGUUCCUUUGCUAGAUUUUUUCAGCAAAUUUUGCAGAUUUCUAACAUUUCGCUAUGUCUAACUGGAGGGCAGCGGGUCUCACCUACAUCCAAUACUCAAACAUUGCGGCCAGGGUCGUGAGGCAAGCAUUAAAACCCGAACUUAGGGCCGAAGCCAAGAAAAGGGAGGACAGCCAUGUAAGAUUCACACCAUGGAGAGAAGGAAAGCCAGUCACUGAAAAAUAAGUGCUCUUCUGAAAAUCUUGGGCAAAACAGACAUGGCUAAGAAAGCAUCGUCUUAGAAGACUGGUUGAACAUCGUUUGUUGGGAUCUGUACAGCCCGUUAAAAUACACGAAAUAGUUGUUUAAAUGUAAUGUAUAAAUAAUAAAUUGUUUCAACUAUUUGCUAA